UCUAUCGAAAAAAAUAGUGGCAACUUUAAUUGGCCACAUUGCGGCUCUUGUGUUGUUGUUGCUUUCUAUUGCUGGAGGUAGAAAUAAAGAAAUUUCAUCAGCAGAAAAAUUCUUUUGUAAUUUUAACAAUUAUUUACACAAUUUACAACUUAAACACAGUUUAGUGGCAAAAUGACGGAAGAAUUGGUUGUUAAAUUUCAAGCUCUUGGCAUGAGCGAACAAAAAGCCAAAGAGACGGCCAAAAAUGCAAAUGUGAGUAAAAAUCUACAAUUGGCCUUGGAUCACUGCAAAGAUGCUUCCCUAGGCGAGGGGGUGGGUAUGCUAUUGUAUCAUAUGGCUACCAAAAUUAAGCCACAAAGUGCCGAACAUUUACCUUUGCUGGUGCGUUAUAUUGUGGAGAAAAAAUUGGAUUCCACUAUGAGAGUCGAUGCUGCCCUGGAGUAUUUACUCAAGCAGGUGCAGAAAAAGGGACAAGCUAUUAAUUUGCAAGAAUUGGAAAAGGAGUGUGGUGUUGGUGUAGUGGUUACUCCGGAGGAAAUUGAGAAAGUAGUACAGCAACAGGUGGCCAAGUAUAAGGAUGCGUUGCUGGAACAACGUUAUCAUUUUAACUCCUUCAAAAUCAUGCAAGAGGUAAGAGAAUUAUUAAAGUGGGCUGAUGCUAAGAGUGUUAAGGCCGCUAUAGAUGUGGAAAUCUUCGAUUUGUUGGGUCCCAAAACAGAGGAGGAUAUGAAACCCUUAGCUAAGGGUGACAAGAAAAAGGAAAAGGCCAAGCCGUCUGAAAAACAAGAUACCAAUAACAAAAAAGAAGAAGCUAGCAAUGAUGGCGCUCAGACUAUAGCGGAAUUAAUGAAAACUAAAGUACAUUUCCAUGCUCCUGGUGAAAAUUACAAAACAGAUGGCUAUGUAGUCACCGACAAUACCGAACGUUUGCUUAAGGAACAUUUGAAAGCUACGGGAGGAAGAGUACAAACACGUUUCCCCCCAGAACCCAAUGGCAUUUUACAUAUUGGUCAUGCCAAGGCUAUUAACAUCAACUUUGGUUAUGCUGCUGCCCACAAUGGUGUCUGUUACUUACGUUAUGAUGAUACCAAUCCCGAAAAGGAAGAGGAAAAGUUCUUUGUAGGCAUUAGAGACAUGGUAGAGUGGUUGGGCUACAAACCUUAUAAGAUUACACACUCCUCGGAUAAUUUCCAACAAUUAUAUGAAUGGGCUGUUGUUCUCAUACGCAAAGGUUUAGCCUAUGUAUGCCAUCAGACCGCCGAUGAAAUGAAGGGUUUCAAUCCCAAACCCAGCCAAUGGCGUGAUCGUCCUAUUGAGGAAUCUUUACAACUUUUCGAAGAUAUGAAAAAUGGUAAAAUUGAUGAAGGUGCCGCCACUUUGAGAUUGAAAGUAACCCUAGAAGAGGGUAAAGUGGAUCCUGUAGCUUAUCGUAUUAAGUUUAUACCACAUCACCGUACCGGCAACAAAUGGUGUAUUUAUCCCACCUACGAUUACACUCACUGUCUGUGUGAUUCUUUGGAGAAUAUUACACAUUCUUUGUGUACCAAGGAGUUUCAGUCGAGAAGAUCUUCCUACUAUUGGCUGUGCAAUGCCUUGGAUAUCUACUGUCCCGUACAAUGGGAAUAUGGUCGUUUGAAUAUGAAUUAUGCUCUGGUAUCAAAACGUAAAAUUGCUAAAUUGAUUACUGAGAAAAUUGUCAAUGAUUGGGAUGAUCCUCGUUUGUUUACCUUGACCGCUUUAAGAAGACGUGGUUUCCCUGCUGAGGCAAUUAACAAUUUCUGUGCUCAAAUGGGUGUUACCGGUGCACAAAUUUCUGUAGAUCCUUCUAUGUUGGAAGCUGCCGUCAGAGAUGUUCUUAAUGUCACUGCACCUCGUAGAUUGGUGGUAUUGGAACCUUUGAAAAUCACCCUUGAAAAUUAUCCUCAUAGUGGUCCGGUAGAAAUUGAAGUACCUAAUUUCCCACAAAAUCCUGAAUUGGGUACACAUAAGAUUACUUUAGAUCGUGUGGUAUAUAUAGAACAAAGUGACUUUAAGGAACAACCUGAAAAAGGCUAUCGUCGUUUGGCUCCUGGCCAAAGUGUUGGCUUAAGACAUGCUAAUCUUGUUUUAACGCUCAAAGAUGUUAAAAAAGAUGCUGCCGGCCAUGUUACCGAACUCGUAUGCGAAUGCCAGUCUACUGAUUCUGCUGAAAAACCUAAGGCCUUUAUUCAAUGGGUGUCGCAGCCUGUACAAAUCGAAGUACGUUUGUAUGAAUUGCUAUUCAAACAUAAAAAUCCCGAAGAUCCUAAUGAAGUUCCAGCUGGAUUUUUAUCCGACAUUAGAGAGGACUCUAAAACUGUAUUACAAUCGUAUGCUGAUCGUUCUCUGUUGAACUGCAAAGUAUAUGAUAAAUUCCAAUUUGAGCGUAUUGGUUUCUUCUCCGUAGAUCCAGAUACUACUAAGGAUAAAAUAGUAUUUAAUCGCACAGUGGGUUUAAAGGAAGAUGCUGGUAAGAAAUAAACAAUUUAAUUGUUAUUUUUUUUAUCGAAAGGAAUCUACAUAUGAUGUUAAAAAUAUCGCGUAAGAAAGCUUUAAAAUGGAGAAAAAAUAGUGUUAACUUUACACUUUUUUUAUAACGAAUAAAUAUUUGAUAUCUGA